GUGAAGAGACGCAACGUGAAAAUGUACAGACACAGACACAGAUAGAGAUAGAGAUAGAGAGAGAUCUGAGUUAAAGAACCGAGUUGGAGAGAGAAUGAGUCAGAAGUUCAUGGUGGAGUAAGUGAACAGAAACAUACCGACGACCGUUAGAUCUCCUCUUCCAUUUCAUCACCAACCCUCUGAUUAUUUUCCCUCUCUCUUUCUCUCUCUCUUUCUCUACCUGAAAUUUUUUGAACCUAAAUCAAUCUGAGCUUUCGCUAUUGCUAACAACUCACUUACUCGAUCGCCUCAAAAUUAUCCUCCUCUCUCAGUUUUAAUUUUGGCAGAUUUGAGCUCUGUAGAAGCUGAAGUGCAUUCUGUGGAGCUCAAAGCCAGGUAAUUGAAGUAUGAUACGAGUGUUUGGGAGCUGAGAAAAGGAAAGAAAGUUGAGGAAUACGAAGAAGAUAAGACAUUUUUAGUCUUUUAAUUGAAGUUGUGUGAAUCUUAACCUUUUGAGACGUUACUGAUUUAUUUUUUAGAGCUGUUUAAGUUCUUGCAGUUUGAUUGUUUAAAACCCUAAUCUUGGUUUGAGGAUACAGCUAUGAGUGGAUGUCAUUAGAAUUGUCUUGUUAGCUUUUGUCAUUUGCUUUACCCAAAUGGGCGAAAUUACUGCUUAGAAGUGGAGUUAGAAAGUGAAUUGGGGAAAAAAAAAUUCAAUGGAAGAUUUUACCAAAUAUGUCCAUAGUCCUGCUCAUUUAGCAGUUGCACGCCGAGACUAUGCUUCCCUGAGGCGCAUCAUUGCUAACCUCCCACGGCUUUCCAAGGCUGGGGAGGUUAAUACAGAAGAGGAUUCUCUUGCUGCUGAGCUCCAAGCUGAUGCUGUCGCGGCUGUCAUUGAUCGCCGGGAUGUUCCUGGACGUGAAACCCCUUUGCACCUUGCUGUCAGGCUGCGGGAUCCAAUCUCUGCGGAGAUUUUGAUGGCAGCUGGGGCAGAUUGGAGCCUUCAGAAUGAGAAUGGUUGGAGUGCUUUGCAAGAAGCUGUUUGCACAAGAGAGGAAUCGAUAGCCAUGAUUAUUGCUAGGCAUUAUCAGCCUCUUGCCUGGGCAAAAUGGUGUCGAAGACUUCCACGUAUUGUUGCCUCAGCGAAUCGUAUCCGUGAUUUUUACAUGGAGAUAACCUUCCAUUUUGAGAGCUCAGUCAUUCCGUUUAUUGGUCGCAUUGCCCCAUCUGAUACUUACCGCAUUUGGAAGCGUGGAUCCAAUCUCCGUGCGGAUAUGACCCUUGCUGGAUUUGAUGGAUUUCGCAUUCAACGGUCGGACCAAACAUUUCUCUUUUUGGGGGAGGGCUAUACGUCAGAGGAUGGUAAUGUAACUUUGCCACCUGGUUCUUUGAUUGUUCUUUCCCAUAAGGAGAAAGAAAUCACAAAUGCUCUGGAAGGGGCAGGUGCACAGCCAACAGAAUCAGAAGUUGCCCAUGAAGUGGCCUUGAUGUCUCAAACUAACAUGUAUCGGCCUGGCAUUGAUGUCACUCAGGCUGAGCUUGUUUCCCACUUGAAUUGGAGGCGACAGGAGAGGACUGAGAUGGUUGGAAAUUGGAAGGCCAAAGUUUAUGAUAUGCUCCAUGUGAUGGUUAGUGUGAAGUCAAGGCGGGUUCCGGGUGCUAUGACUGAUGAAGAGCUUUUUGCCGUGGAAGAUGAAGAAAGGUUAGCAAAUGGUGGUGAUAAUGAGGAGUAUGAUGAUGUAUUGACAGCUGAGGAAAGGAUGCAAUUGGAUUCUGCACUUCGUAUGGGGAACCCUGAUGGUCCUUGUGAGGAUGAUGAACAUGGGGUCCCUGGCUCUCAAGAAAAUGGUUCAGGAGGUCCCUAUGAAAAUGGUGAAUCUGAUAGUGCUGCUAAGGAAAAGAAGAGUUGGUUUGGUUGGAACAAGAAAGGUACCAAGAACAACAGUGAUGAUCCUGAGGAUUCGAAACUCUUGAAGAAGUUCUCGAAGUUGGCUCCAGAAGGUAGCAACCAGAAGCUGGCUGCUAAUCAAAGAUCUUCAUCUGAAUAUCUGAGGGAGGAUGUGGGUGAUUUAAAGAAGGGAAAGGACAAAAGCAGCAAGAAGAAAAAGAAGAAAGGACCCGGUGGUGAAUCUAAGAAUGAGAGCGAAUAUAAAAAAGGUUUGAGACCUGUCCUCUGGUUGACACCAGAUUUCCCUCUAAAAACGGAUGAGCUCCUGCCUUUACUUGACAUAUUAGCCAACAAGGUCAAGGCUGUUAGGAGACUCAGGGAGCUUUUGACCACCAAGCUGCCUCAUGGAACAUUUCCUGUCAAGGUUGCUAUCCCUAUUGUUCCAACUAUUCGGGUCCUUGUUACUUUUACAAAAUUUGAGGAGCUGCAGCCACUGGAGGAAUUUUCAACUCCUCUCUCUAGCCCGGCACAUUUCCAGGAUUCCAAGUCAAAAGAAUCAGAAGGAUCCUCCUCUUGGAUUUCAUGGAUGAGAGGGAGUCGUGGUGGCCAAUCAAGUGAUAGUGAUAGUCACCGGUAUAAGGAUGAUAUUGAUCCUUUCCUCGUACCAUCUGACUAUACCUGGGUUGAUGCCAAUGAGAAGAAGCGCCGCAUGAAAGCCAAGAAAGCCAAGAACAAGAAACACAAGAAACAGGCAGCAACAGCCAAAAGUGGCGAUGGGGUACAUCAGACAAGUGAAGAAGUGGAAGAAUAAUCACAUAGGAAUUCUCAUUGUACUUUUUAACACAGGUGGUGAUUGGGGACAUCAGUUGAGUGAAGAUGUGAAAGAAUAGUUGCACAGAAAACCUCUCUAUACCGUUCGGUUUCAAGGUGCUUAGCGGGGAAAGGAGGAGGUAAGUGCUGCUUCCUGUGCCCAUCUGACAUUUAUUCUUAUUUUUAGGACUGUCUGGCGGAGGAUUUACAGGAUAAUGUUUACAUGAUCGCUUCUUGUAUUGUCAUGUGAUGUGAAAUUGGAGAGGAGCAGAAUCUCCUCGUUUGGUUAAUUGUUUGUUUCCAUUUUAGCCUUUCUUAGACUCAAAAUUGUUGUAUCUAAGUCGAUGAUCAUCAAAUUUACAUUUUUGUGAUUGGUAUUCCUUUUU